AUGGUGGGUCCGUCCUCGGCCUCGCCGCGGCCUCCCUUGGGGAGAGCGGGGCUGACCCCUUCCCUUCCCAAGCAACGGGAGCAAAAGGCGGUGAAGCAAGAGCUCAAGCGACGGCGUGUCGAGGAGGAUAUCCGGAAGGGCGACGAGUUUGUCGGCCGAGGGGCGGGCGACAUCAAAUCGGGUAACAUCGAGCCCUUUGCGUACGUUCCGUUAAAUCGCACUUAUAUGAACCGCCGGAACACUCGUCAGGCGUUGCACCGCUUUGAAGUAAUUCAAGGUCGAUCCCUCAAGGGGGAAAAGGCCAAGGCGGUGUAUAAAGCUCCGAAAUCUAAGUGA